UGCCAUAACAAGUUGCUUUCGAGUUCGAUCAUCUAGUUUUCGUGAUGUCUCUCAAAGAUCGUUCUUUUCCAGUGAGCCCUGGAACGGCUCUGUCUGUUUUCUGUUUGUUUCUUUACUCCGCUGGAUUCAUUCGAAUCGAGACAAAGUUCAAUGACUAUGAACGGAGGUUGAGGACUGUGGAGGAAUUCAUGCCUCAAGAUAAAAUGGAACAGGCAAGGACAGAUUUACAUUCGGCUGAACAAGUAGUACCCCCUACCUCCAGUCAGCCGGAAACCCUUCGUCUGAAGCGUAGUAUUUCACAUCCGCCUCCUUUCAACAACUCAGCAAAGAUAAGAGAAAUGAUGGAAGACAUCAUUUCUUCUACAUGGAAGAUUUGCAGCAACAAAGGCAAUUUGAAUGUGUGUCCCCGUGGGCGGCCGGGACCUCCGGGGAGAGCUGGACCCAAAGGUGACAGGGGGAGGAAAGGAAGAAAAGGUGCUCAGGGAAUCAUGGGACCACCAGGAAGAAGUGGAAAACAAGGAAUCAUGGGGCCAACGGGAAUUAGGGGAGAAAAAGGAAUAAAAGGAGACAUUGGGCCACCGGGUAUCCCUGGUAUCCCAGGGACUAAAGGUGAACCAGGUGAAUCUAUUUCAAAGCCAAAAGUAACGAUUUCUCCACCGAAACUAACUGUCAACGAAACCAACACAGCCUCGUUCUUAUGCUCCGUUUCGGGAAAUCCAGCAGCUCAAAUAUUCUGGUCAAAGGUCAAUAGAUCAUUACCUAGCAACAGGACUAAAGUGACGUCAAAUGGUCAGAUGCAAAUCGCUAGUGUUCGGAUGGAAGAGGCAGGAGAAUACAAAUGCUUAGCGCGAAAUAUUCUAGGAGAGGAGGAAAAAACUGCGAUUCUCGUCGUACAAAAUAAACCUAAGAUCUCACUCUCCCUUGGCCCGACUUAUUCUGAAAAAGGCAAGAAUGUCACUUUACCAAAAUGUCACAUGAGCAGUUUUCCUCCAGCCACCAUCACGUGGUCUAGAGUGCGUGGUAAACUUGCGCAUUCCAGAACUGUUGUGAAAGACGGACAGUUGUCAAUUAUCAGUGCUCAAAAGAGAGAUUCUGGUUUGUACGAAUGUAAAGCCUCCAAUAUUCUGGGCCAUGACUCAGCUUUGACAAAUCUUGUUGUCUUGGAUCUGCCCCGUUUCACAGUCAAUCCACCUGCAAAGCUUGAUGUAGAAAAAGACAAAAAUGUUUCAGUUCCUUGUCAGGCCGCUGGUGACCCUCGACCAAUAAUCACGUGGGUUAAAGAGAAUGGCGACUUGCCAGUUGGAAGAUCACAAGUCAGUGUGGAUGGAACACUUCAGAUAUGGAAUAUUAAAGAUGAAGACUUGGGCAGAUAUAUCUGUACAGCCACAUCAGCGCAACUGUUCAAAACGUCUUCUUUAAUGCAACUGACCCUUAGGAAAGUGUGCGAGCCUAUUGGUGUCGUGGACAGGAACAGAAUACCAGACGCUAGAAUGACAGCGAGCAGUUUUUAUAAUGGUAGACUUCUUCCUUACUACGGCCGACUCAAUGAAAGCAGUGGAAAUGGAGGGUGGUGCACUAAAACUAUAUCUGACAGAACAGACUAUCUUCAAGUUGAUAUGGGUGAAGUGCGUUUUCUUUGUGGUGUGGCUACACAAGGACUACUAGGGAGCUCUGCAUGGACCACCAGCUACAAACUGCAAUUAUCUCCAAACGGUAUAACUUGGAACACUUACAGAGAAAGGAAUAUUGAAAAGGUCUUCCAAGGAAAUUCAGACAGAAACAGCAUUGUGAAGCAUCCACUCAAUACUGACUUCAAGGCCAGAUACAUUCGGUUUUAUCCUGUCACGUUUACCCGUCAUCCUUGUAUGAGGAUUGAAAUAUUUGUGCUAAAUUGA